GAAAACAUGACCGAUGUGAACGUGCGAUUGGCCAAUGACGAGCUUUGGACGAAAUUUCACGAAAACACCACUGAAAUGGUGGUGACCAAGACUGGCAGGAAGAUGUUUCCAAAACUGGAAUACGUUAUCGAAGGACUCAAAACCGAUCAAGCUUACGGAUUAGUGCUGCAAAUCGAACAAGUGGAUGAUAAUCGGUGA